AUGGCUGAGGGGUCAAAAAGGAUAAUAAAAUGCAGACCUCCUGGUUUUAUUCCCCGUGAUUGGCAGGCUUCACGUAUUAGGUUUACGCAUAAUGAGAUCGAGCGUAAACGUCGUGCACGGUUGAAGUCGGAAACCGAUUUUCUUCACCAACAACUUCCAAAUGCCGUUUAUCGGGACAAACUUGCGGUUUUUAAAGCUGGAACUGAGUUAUUAAUGCGAUAUUCAAAUUUAAAUGGCUCAGAGGCACGAAACCUGAUCCUUACCGAUAAUGAAUAUUCGGAGUGCAUAUUAAAGAACUUUGAUGGCUUCGGUAUGCGUAUACGAUGUAGUGAUGCAAUGAUUUUGAUGGCAACGGGAAACUUGGGUCGCUGCCUUGGAUCUGAUCUUGCAAUUCCGUUUUAUCUCUACCCUACCAUUUUAACGGGGAAAACGCUAAAUGAACUGAUUUCUCCGAGUGAACUGACAGAAGGUAUUAUUAAGAGUAAUCUUUCCAUAUCUUCCGAGGAACGUGACCAACUUGCGAGUGGGCAACCCAUCGCUCGCAGUUUCAUACUUCCGAUCGUCGACAAGUCUAAGCCUCCUGUUGACUCAUCCAGAGCAGGCUACUGUCUUUUGGAAUGCUGUGGCGAUAUCGUUUUACCACCAUGCUCCAAUCAGAACGUGAAUGAGCCCGUGCUGCAGACCAUUUGCCGCGUUUUUGAGCAUCAUCUUCCUGAUCAGACGGUACCCAAGAGCAAGCUCUUCUCGUUACGCCUUCAACCCGACUCGCACCGAAUAGUGGAACUGCAUGGCCAUGAAUUACCAAGAGGUAUGUCAUCGAGUGAUAUGAUCGGCCACUCUCUGGCUGACCUUACUUCGCCAGCUGCUCGAUCAGUCACAGAGAGUAACCUCCAUAAUGCGGAACUUACUGGCGAAUCCACGUUCACAAUCUAUUUAGGAGAUUCCUCCUCCGAUUCGGCGCCUGUGCAUCAGUUUCUGGUGGUGACCAAGGCAAUCAUUGUUUCCAAUUGUCUCCACUGUCUCGUAGCAGACUUUUAUCCUCCUCAGCAAUAA